AAAAGAUAUGUUAGUUGUUUAUUUUAGCAGGUUUCCCUAUUAGCAAUAAAAUAGACUUCAUAAAAUAUGAGGGUUAGCCGAAGCACAACCACAUAACUGCAUGCGUUGGCAUGUGCUUGCGGAAAGUCCGUGGUCCAAAAUCAACCAUCCCUGAUUUAUAACAAGCAGGCUUCCUCAUAAGUUGCCUAUCAUUUGUAGCAUAAAUGAUACCAGAAAUUGGAUAUAAGAUUUUUCUCACGAUGAACACCUUGUUGUUAUGGUGGUGGGAAGUCGACAAUGAGCUAGACAAGCUCGCCUGCACAGUUCUCACCAUUUCAGUUCCGACACUACUACUUCUAUGGUACAAAUGGAUAACAUAUUCCAGAAAGCACAUACCACCCUUCCCACCCGGUCCCUAUGGCUUACCAGUUGUAGGGUAUCUCCCGUUUCUUGGCUCCAAUUUGCAUGAAAGAUUCACGGAGAUGGCUCACCGAUAUGGCCCCAUCUUCAGUCUCCGGCUCGGAAGAAAGCUUCAUGUUGUGGUCAACUCCAUAGACCUAGUAAAGGUCGUGACUCGUGACCUGGAUCAGACCAUGGCGAACCGCAGUCCUCCAUUGACAGCGCUAACCAUCAGUUAUGGUGGCAAUGGUGUUGUAUGGUCCAACAGCAACACACACUGGCGUAACAUGCGCAAGAUUUUAGCAACCCAACUUCUGAGCAAUACAAAUCUCAAAGAUUGUCAGGGUUUCCGAACAUAUGAAGUGAGAAGGCUGGUGAAAGAAGUUUACAGUAAGCUCGGGACAAAGAUCAAUAUUAAUGAAAUUGCUUUCAAGACUGAGGUAGACGUUGUGACAAGCAUUUUAUGGGGUUGUAGCAAAUCUGGUGAGGGGAACGAUUCUAGCUCUAUUGGAGGUGGCUUCCGUGAAGUUGAGUUCAAGAUUGUUAAGUUAUUGGGAGCCCCGAACAUCUCUGAUUUUCUCCCAGUGGUAUCUCGGUUUGAUCUCCAAGGAAGGCAGCGAGAAAUGCAGAGGCAACUUGAAUAUGUCGAUCGGAUAUUUCAAAGCAUUAUCCAAGGAAGAAUCGAAACCAACUCCAGAAAAAAUGAGGGAGAAGCUGAGGAAGAUCGAAGGAAGGAUUUCGUGCAGAUAUUAUUGGAGCUUAUGGAGCAGAAAGAUGGUUCAAUAUCACUGGACAUUAUUAAAAUAAAGGCCCUACUAAUGGAUAUAGUGCUUGCGGCUACAGAUACAACAUCGACAAUGGUAGAAUGGGUGAUAUCAGAGAUUUUGAAUAAUCCAGGUGUAAUGAGAAAGGUCCAGGAUGAAUUAACGGAUGUUAUUGGCAUGAACGUUGUCCAAGAAUCUCAUCUGCCCAAAUUAACAUAUUUAGAUGCAGUCAUCAAGGAGACAUUCAGGGUACACACUCCGGUUCCUCUCCUAGUCCACAGAUACCCAGAUGAAUCAUGCACUGUUGGCGGAUACACCAUUCCAAAGGGUACUAUCGUCUAUAUGAAUGUUUGGGCAAUCCACCGGGAUCCUAAGAUCUGGACCAAUCCAUUGGAGUUCAUGCCCGAGAGAUUCUUGAUCGACAAAUGGGAUUACAAUGGAAAUAAUUUCAAGUUUUUGCCAUUUGGAUCAGGGAGAAGAAUAUGCCCAGGAAUCCCCCUUGGGGAGAAGAUGUUGAUGUAUAUAUUAGCAUCGCUGUUACACUCGUUUGAUUGGAGGUUGCCAGAAGAUGAAGAGUUUGAGCUUUCUGACGAAUUUGGAAUUGUGACAAAGAAAAGGAAACCACUAAUAGCUAUACCCUCUCAAAGACAAUCUGAUGCAAGCCUCUACUUUUGAUAGAGGAUUAUCGCUCAAUAGUUGAACGGUACUACUGUUUGUAUGAAAAGAAUGUAACGUUUUGUUACUUGUUAGGAGUGUCAGAAAGGCGAAAUCCGUUGCCUUCUUAUCUGCUCAUUGCUUGUAACUAUGUGUGGUAAUAAUAUUUAUGGGAAUUUUGUGUUUUCAUCUGUA